AUGUGGAUUUCAAAGGGACAUGGGACCAGGAAGGUAGGAGAAGGAAAUGGGUUGGUGGCAGUUGCUAUAGACAAAGACAAAGGGAGCCAAAAUGCAUUGAAAUGGGCUGUGGAAAAUCUUCUCUCCAAAGGCCAAACUGUUGUUCUAAUCCAUGUUUUUAACAAACCAUCAUUGGUUACAGGCCAUGGAGCAGCUGGUGAUAAUCACCCAGGGAAGCAGCAGAUUGAGAAGAUGGUCAAGGAUCUCUUCCUUACAUUUCGAUGCUAUUGUACCCGUAAAGAUGUACAUUGCCUUGAUGUUGUUCUUGAGAGCACUGAUAUAGCAAAAGCAAUAACAGAAUAUGUUUCCCAUGCCGCAAUCGAGAUUUUGGUUCUCGGCACUCCAUCGCGGAGUGGAUUUAUGAGAAAAUUCAAAGCAGAUGUACCAACCACUGUGUCAAGAGGGGCACCGGAUUUCUGUACUGUGUAUGUUGUCUCAAAAGGAAAGGUAUCUACCAUGAGAAAUGCUUCUCGUGCUGCCCCAUUUGUCUCCCCACUGCUAGAUCAAAUACAUAACCAACAGCACGAAAACAAUCUAGUAGAUAAUUCUUCUGAAGCACAAUACAAACACAGUCUGAGUAUAACAGAGAGGAUGCAAUCAUUCAAGCCUCAUCCGUCAGUUGACGAAACCUUCAGAUCACCAUUAGGAAGAGGAAAGAAUGGUCAAAAUCAAAGUGUAAGAUCAUUUGCAGAUUUGAUGUCAGAAACUGACAUAUCAUUUGUCAGCUCCAGCCGGCCAAGCACUGACCGAAUGUCUUCUGUAACCUAUGACUUCAUGGAUUCUGGACUAACCCCACGGAUUUCAACUAGCUCAGAUACUAGCUUUGCAUCUAUACAUUCAGGACCAAAGUUCACUAGCCCCCAGCAUGGAUUUUCUUCAAUUUCGCACGAUAGUGGAGGAACGUCAUUUUCUGGUUCAGCGCACAGCCUGGAUGACAUGGAAUCUGAGAUGAGGAGGCUAAAACUAGAGUUGAAGCAAACAAUGGACUUGUACGGUGCAGCAUGUAGGGAAGCACUUACAGCAAAACAGAAGCUGAAUCGCUGGAGAAUAGAAGAAGAACGGCGAUUGGAAGAGGCUAGAUUUUCUGAGGAAGCUGCAUUAUCAAUUAUAGAGCACGAGAAAGCCAGGUGCAGAGAAGCCAUAGAAGCUGCUGAAGCAGCCAAGAAGAGAGCAGAAAUAGAAGCACAAAGGAGAGUCAACAUAGAGAAAGCCCUCAGAGAAGCUGCUGAAACAAAAAAAGCGAAGGAUAACCUAGCUUAUAACGAUAUCAGAUACAGGAGAUACAGUAUUGAGGAGAUUGAAGCAGCAACAGAAUACUUUACGGAAUCAAAGAAGAUUGGGGAAGGAGGUUAUGGCCCAGUUUACAAGUGUUAUCUUGAUCACACACCAGUUGCAGUCAAGGUUUUACGUCCUGAUGCAGCCCAAGGAAGGACAAGGACCAUCAUGGAAUUGAAAAGGCUAAUCUCUACCUUGCAGGUUGAAGUGCUUAGCUUAAUACGGCAUCCCAACAUGGUACUGCUUCUAGGAGCCUGCCCAGAGUACGGUAUUCUAGUCUAUGAAUACAUGGCAAGAGGAAGCUUAGAAGACCGUCUUUUCAAGAGAGGGAAUACACCACCUCUUUCUUGGCAAAUCAGGUUCCGAAUUGCAGCCGAGAUAGCCACAGGUCUGCUCUUUCUCCAUCAGACCAAGCCAGAGCCACUAGUGCAUCGUGACCUCAAGCCAGGAAACAUUUUGCUAGACAACAAUUACACCAGCAAGAUAAGUGAUGUUGGAUUGGCCAGGCUUGUUCCUGCUACUGCUGAGAAUGUAACACAGUACCACUUGACAUCAGCUGCUGGAACUUUCUGCUAUAUUGACCCAGAGUACCAACAAACGGGAAUGCUUGGUGUGAAAUCUGAUGUUUAUUCUCUAGGGAUCAUGCUUCUGCAAAUCAUAACAGCCAAGCCACCAAUGGGCUUGACUCACCUGGUUGAACAAGCUAUUGAAAAUGGGACGUUCAAAGAUAUUCUAGACCCAGAAGUGCCUGAUUGGCCAGUUGAAGAGACUUUACGUUUUGCAAAGAUUGCACUCCAAUGUGCAGAGCUGAGACGGAAAGACAGGCCAGAUCUUGGCACAACAGUCGUGGAAGAGCUCGAAAAACUGAGAGAGUUGGCUGAAGAAAAGUUGAACUACCUUUAUUUCGCUGGCGCUUUUGGCCCCUCUCCCAACCACAGCCAAGCUUCUAUAACUCCGCCCCUCAGCCAAAUUUCAAUGACUCCCACCAAUCUCAGCCAAACUUCCAUGACUCCCACCAACCUCAGCCAAGCUUCAAUAACUCAGUUGAAGACAGUUCCCAGUUCCCCACGUGGCUUAUUCAUAAGAGAAACGUGUCUCCUUGGAGAAGUUUCUCGUACGGUGAGUGUGACGUGUCCUGUUUCUUUCCUGUACAAAACACUUCUUAGUUCUUAUACUCCUAUCCUUUAUCCUCUUCUUCUUCUUCUAGUUGAGGUUAUGAAGAAGAAACAGACAGAAAUGGGACAAGGUGAAGAGGUCAAGACUAAAAGUGAGGCCCAAGUUGAGAUUCUGGAAAGAGGUGAAAUAUUCUUCUUCUAUAGGCCAAAAGUUGAUAAAGAAGAAGUUCAUAGCCCUGAUGAUGUUCAACGUUUGUACUUGGUACUAAGGCCAGAGUCUGGAGAGAGAGCUGUUGAAGUGAAGCAAGACACCCACUCUGGUAAACAAGGUUUUAAAAAGGGUGAUCAUGGUGGAAGUAGUUCUACAGGCAAGAAUGAAAGCGACGGUGGGCAAGCAAGCCAGGAAGUGAACAUUGAAAAAGAGCCCUUGUUGAGGUAUAUUGUGAUGGGACGUAAAAGCCUUCCAGAUCCAAGGAAAAGAAGACAACCAUAUUGGGGUUUUGUAGACUUGGUCACCACAAAGAUAGAUAAUGUGAAGAAUGCUCUUAAAGGAGGGGAAUAUGACACUGCGACAAGAGGGCAUCGGCACAGGUAUCCGGCGAGAGCAGUAGGAGAAGGCAUUUACCGGAUAGUAAGGCACAAUCCAGGGAAGAGAAUACACACUCAUUUGGUGUACAAGCUAGAAUUGCCAUCAAAAGACAAGGACAACCAGCCUCAAGAAUCACUCAACAUCGAACGCGAGGGCUCAUUUAUAAUUCAAAUAAAGAACCCGGAUCAACAUGGAGGCAGAUCCCAGUUUAGAGGACUUCAGAACAAGAGGAAGGCCAUGUUUCCAGCUCACCUGCAAGGCCAAUUGGGGCACAGAAAGUUUGUACCAGCUGAUCCACCAGACAUGUUGAAUUAUGAAGGAUGCGAGUUGUUGUUGAUUUCGGCUUCGGAUGACAUAGAAGAGGAGUUGGGAAUGGAGCUUAAGACAGAAUGUGAAGAUGAUGAUGAUGAUGAUCCAGCUUCUUGUUCUGAUUUAGUUAGGACUUUUGGAGAGAUUGUACCUACUAGUCCCCUACUUAAAGGCACAUGGUCUUGA